AUGGAUCCGGACUCGGUGAAGUCGACGCUCUCUAACCUUGCCUUCGGCAACGUCAUCGCCGCCGCCGCCCGCGACCUCCAGAAGGAAAUGGUGGCUAAAGACAAAGCUCAAGCAGCACCUGCAAGCCAUGAUGAAGUUGAUCUUGAUGAGUUGAUGGAUGACCCAGAACUUGAGAAGUUGCACGCGGAGAGAAUUGCUGCCCUUAAGAAAGAGGCUGAGAAGCGUGAAGUGCUAAAAAGUCAAGGUCACGGUGAAUACAGGGAGAUAACUGAAGGGGACUUCCUUGGGGAGGUUACUGGCAGUGAAAAAGUCAUAUGCCAUUUCUAUCACCGUGAAUUUUACCGUUGCAAGAUCAUGGAUAAACAUUUGAAGGCCCUUGCCCCAAUCUAUGUGGGAACAAAAUUUGUCAAGCUUGAUGCUGAAAAUGCUCCAUUCUUUGUGGCCAAACUGGCAAUCAAAACAUUGCCAUGUGUAAUAUUGUUCAAGAAGGGUAUUGCUGUUGACCGGUUAGUUGGGUUUCAAGAUCUCAGAAGCAAAGACGAUUUUUCAACAAGAGCAUUGGAAAAUAUUCUAAAGAUGAAAGGGAUAAUUGAUGAGAAGAAGAAAGAUGAUGAUGAUGAUGAAGAAAGUGAGUCUAAGAAUAGGAGGGUUAGAUCUUCAACUGCUCAAGAUUCUGACUCAGACUGA